GAAAUUGGGGCUCAGGAAUCUUUAAGACAUUCGGUUUGCUGUAUUGGCAUUGAAAAUGAGAGUUUAAAAUCAAUAUAGUUUUUGUCUGCACGUCGCUAUAGCAACAAACUCCUUUAAAUUAAAUCAUUUUCGUAUAUUCUGUAAUCAGUAUCGUAGCAACUGCGAUUCAUUGAUUAAACGAAACCAAAAUAUUAAUUUGAAAGGAGUAUUUUAUAAAAGAUCUCGAUAAAAAUGGAGUUUACCCCCGCAACUAUGAACCAACUCGUGCAGUUAUUGAGACCACCGGAACCAGAAGUUUUACAAGGAGAAGACCUGCCGUCUACCGGUUUUGAUAUAACUUCAAACAGGGAUAAAGUAGCAGUAGCGGAAGAAAAGAAUCCUCCAAAAACAAUUGAAGAAUAUGAGGAACAGGUGGCGAAAGAGUUGGACAGUGUCGGUCACGUCGGCGUUGGAUUAGGCGACAGAAAAUGUCCAGAAUAUACCAUGAACUACCAACAGUCCGUAUCAGCUGAAGAUGUGUAUCUUCAGAUUGGGCCAAAAACACCCGGUUCAGCCAGUUGCGAGAAUCUCAUAGUGCGAGUAAAGAUGCCAGGAGAUAAAAAGGAAAAUGUUGAUCUAAACGUGGAUAAAACCAGUGUGACUGUGGACUCCUCACAAUAUUCCCUGAAACUGCCUUUACCGCAUGGAAUUGAUCCUGACUGUUCGAAAGCAAGCUGGGACACAGACACAGAAACUUUAGUUCUGACUCUCAAGUUAGACAGAGAAUUUGAUUUUGUUAAUUUUUAAUAUUAAUUUUCUUGCAAUAAAAUUUAAAUACGCUGAA